AACAGGAUAUUGUGAAUCUUGGCUUGUUUUUUUUCAUUUCAGACUUCUGUUUACAUUUUUCUGUCCCAGAAAUGAGCUCAACUCCCAGCAGACACAGAACUGCUCAACCACUUUUUAAAAGGCAACAUGUAAUAUGCAAUACAAGCAAUAUGUAUUUUUUUAUCAGAAAGGGUCGUGUCAUUUAAGGCAUGUCAGGGUUUUCAUUGGAACGUACUGAAUUUACACUUUUGUUGUUUAAAACACUUCAUCUUAUUUAUUUAACAAAGCUAUUAAUGAUCAAAUUUCUAGCUCUCAUUGGUCAGUUGUUUUGAGAAUCAUUGUGCACAACUAAUGCAGAACAUCAAAUCAUUCCGUUGACUACUGUCUGGUAUUGAUUUCCUUUCCUAGCGAUGCUUUGACAGUCUGCAGGCUUGCUGAGACCCAGGCCAUUGCCAUGGCGGUGUAUUCCAAUUCCUUGGGAACGGCGAAUCCUGCGUUUGAGCCAUGGUCCACAGCUUCAGUGGAUUGGGAUGUCCUACAUUUGCUGGGCUCUGUGGCUGAGGAGAAUAGCACUGCGGAAAGGUGUUACCUCUCACACUCUCACAGCAGUGUGCUUCAGGGGCUGCCCUUUGGUGGAGUGCCCACUGUUCUCGCUAUCAACCUCGUCCUCUGGCUGUUCCUGUUGCUGGUUUUCUCCUGUGUGAGAAAGGCUGCAUGGGAUUACGGUCGUCUGGCUCUGCUGAUGGAUAAUGACAGCCUAACAUCACUUUUCUAUGGAGAGCAAAGUGAGAAAGAGAAGUCUCCUUCUGAAACCAGUCCCUCAGAUUCAGAGACCAAAGAUAUGGGCUUCUGCUCCUGGCUCACAUCUCUCUACCACAUGAAGGACGAAGAGAUCCGUAGUAAGUGUGGCAUUGAUGCAGUUACAUACCUGGCAUUUCAGCGCCACAUCAUCCUUCUCAUUGCUGUAGUGUGUCUGCUCUCACUGAGUGUUAUCCUGCCUGUCAACCUCUCUGGGAGCCUCCUGGAGGACAGCCCUAAGAAUUUUGGUCAAACAACUGUGGCUAACAUAGCAGCACAGAACAGUUUUCUGUGGAUACACAGCAUCUUUGCACUACUUUACUUUGUAAUUACUGUACUCUGUAUGGUCCACCACUCCUCACAGUUGGAAUACAAAGAGGAUGAGAAGGUGGCAAGAACUUUAAUGAUCACCAACAUUCCCAGAGAGAUUUCUGACCCUGGCCUGAUUACCAAACACCUCCACGAAGCUUAUCCGAGCUGUACAGUCACGGACAUCUGCUUCUGUUUCAACAUACAAAAGUUAAUGAAGCUGGACUCUGAGAGGCGAAAAGCAAUGAAGGGGAGGCUGUAUUUCACUACCAAAUCACAGAAGGAAGGGAGGAUCAUGAUAAAGACACAUCCCUGUGCUCAGAUCUUCUGCUGUGAUUUAUGUGGCUUUGAACAGAUCGAUGCAGAGCAGUAUUACAGUGAACUGGAGGAGAAGCUUACAGAUGAGUUUAAUGCAGAAAAGAAUCGCAUUACCAUGAAGAGACUGGGCAUUGCCUUUGUCACUUUCAGAGACGAGAGGAUGACUGCAGUCAUUGUGAAGGACUACAGGAGGGCACGUUGCCGUCGGAAACCGCAACAGUCCAGCAUUACUACAGUCGUGCACUCGCACCAGUGGGGUGUACGCUAUGCCCCUGCCCCCAAUGACAUCAUCUGGGAGAACCUGUCAGUGAGUGGCUCUCGCUGGUGGCUUCGGUGUGUGUUGCUUAAUAUCCUGCUCUUCCUCCUGCUGUUCUUCCUCACCACUCCUGCCAUUAUUGUCAACACUAUGGACAAGUUCAACGUCACUCGACCUGUGGAAAGCCUUCGGAAUCCGGUUAUCACCCAGUUCUUCCCCACUUUGCUCCUAUGGGCUUUCUCCGUUCUGCUCCCCUUCGUCGUAUAUUACUCUGCCUUCUUUGAGUAUCACUGGACCAGGUCCACUGAGAAUCAGAUCACUAUGCACAAGUGCUUUCUACUUCUGGUCUUUAUGGUCAUCAUUCUGCCUUCGCUUGGUCUGUCCAGUUUGGAUUUUUUCUUCAGGUGGCUCUUUGACACUCACUUCCUGGAUCAGAAAGAUGUAAAGUUCCAAUGUGUGUUCUUGCCUGAUAAUGGAGCUUUCUUCGUGAAUUACGUCAUCACGUCGAGUCUGAUUGGCACGGCGAUGGAGCUGCUGCGGAUUCCCUCGCUACUGGUUUACUCGCUGCGUCUUUGCUUUGCAAAAUCCAAAGCGGAGCGCAUCCAUGUUAAACGAAGUCAGGCCUAUGAGUUCCAGUUUGGGUUAGAGUAUGCCUGGACUAUGUGCAUAUUCUCUGUCAGUAUGACCUAUAGCAUUACGUGCCCCAUCAUCGUACCCUUUGGGCUGUUGUAUUUGAUUCUGAAACACAUGGUUGACCGCUAUAACAUCUACUAUGCCUACAUCCCCACCAAGCUGAGUCAGCACAUCCACUCCGCUGCUAUCAGGCAGGUGCUCGUGGCACCAAUUCUCUGCAUGUUCUGGCUUCUCUUCUUCUUUGUGCUCCGACUGGGUCCAAUGCGACCCAUCACUCUGUUCACGUUCAUCUCUGUACUUUUGUGUAUCAUCUUUUCCUUCUUUGGAAUCUGUCUGAAAAAACUACAAUCAGACAGAUCAACAAUGUAUCAGAUGUCUGAUACAACCAUAGAAGGAGCCUAUAGUGAUAUGGAGAGAAGCACUGCAUCCACCACAACUACUGCGAAUCUCUUCAUAGCAUCGGUUUUAUUGGAGCCGGAGCUGGGUCUGACACCCAUGCCCUCUCCUGCCCAUCACAGUUAUGGCACCAUGGGCAAUUGCCAGGCUUCGGUGCACGAGGAAGAGGGGGCAACUGGGAAAGAUGCGGAGGAGACAGUGGAGACGGAGCUUGAGGACACACCAGGACCUGUCUGCUCCAGCUCUCUGAUGGACAGCCCAGUGGACUACCAGUGACACCUACUCACCUCUACCAGCAAAUUAAAAGCCCCCUGCCUCAUCUUAACUUGAGGCUGUUACUGAGGCACAAUGCUGCAUUUUUCCCCCCUCCAAAAACUGUUUCAGGAGUGGAUCUGGCACAAUGUGUGUCCACUCAGUCUCUCUCUCUUUCUCUCGCAAUCUUUCUUGCUCUAUAGCCUUCUGUCUUCUUCUGUUCUCUUAUGUUUUUCUUGGGCCUUUCUUGAGGCUGAUGGCGUCUGGCACAAUUGCUGACGGAAGUAUGGAAAACUGGACCCUGUGCUUUGGAGGAGCUUUUCCUUGGCUCUGCUGAUUUCUAAGGUCAUGUCCUCUCUUUAGUGUUUUUCUGUGCUUGUUCUCUGUGUCUCCCAAAAGCUUGACCCAGUGCACUUCUAUUUAGGCAGGAUGUCAGUGAAAUUGGACACGGGAAGGAAUAUAUUUGUACUUGUUGCUAGUUGCUUAUUACUAAUCUUGAUUUAAAAAUUAUUAUAUAAGACUGUUUUUACUUGCUGUUAGGGGUUUAUACGAAGGUGUACAGUAUCACUGUUCAUUGAAGGAAUGUUGUGCUUUAUUAUUAUUAUUAUUAUUAUUAUUAUUAUUAUUUGGGAUAUUUAACUGUGUAAUUUGGAGGGUUUUUAAGCAUUUAAUCUUUUGUCUUUAUCUUUUAUUGCAUCAAGAGUGCAGAACCCAUCUCCAUCAAUCCUCAAUCUGCCUGCUACAGCUAUGUUAUUUUUUCCUUUGCUGCAUACUCAUGAUUGUAGUACAAAAUGGAACAAAAGCCACAAUUAUGCCUACAGUGCAAAUUAAUGUAUUUAGCUAGGACAAACUAGGACACAGAGAAUCUUGGAAUAUACAGUACUAUAAAGAACAGGAAACGCAAACCAAAGUAAAAUUCCCAAUCUGUUAAUUUACAAAAUGAGUGUAUUCUCUCAGCAUUUGAUUAAUUA